AGGGGCCACCCGCAGCUAUAUUAGCAAGAAAGCGCUGCAAAAGUUGAAGCUGGGACUUAAAGUCCAAAAGCUAGCAGACCCUAUAGUCAGUAUCCUCGCGGACAAUCGUACUAUGGUUGUAGAGGAGUACAUAGUGGGAGUCCAGGCAUACUUCCGCCUAGAGAAGGAUGGGAAAGUGGAGAAGGUUCUCCACUCCCUGACUCUCUUCGUAGAAGACAGCCUCCCAUUUGAUAUCGUCCUGGGAAUGGAUUGGGGAGAGGCAGUCGGGGCCACGCUCCAUUUGAAGGAGCAUGAGUGUAGGCUCCCUAGCUCUUCAGGCGAGGCUAAGACUGCCCGCCUCCAUGUGUCAGGAGUAGAGAAUCCCUUGGCACACUGUUGCCUUAGUGCGCCUGCAUUGGCCAGAUUAGUGAAGAAGGAGAAAUUGGAGGAACAGGUCUUUGUCGCCUAUGUUAGGCCAGUGACUAAGCCUACGGAAGAAAAGUCGAUGGACCCUGCGAUUGCCAAGCUGCUGGACGAGUUCAAGGAUCUAACUGAGCCGCCGAUAGUAGUACCGCGGCCCAUCCAGCACCGCAUCGAGAUAGAGCCUGGCAGUAAAACUCUUAAGGGCGCUGUGUAUAGGAUGUCCCCACGGGAGUUAGAGGAGCUUCGCAAGCAAUUAGACGAGUUCCUCGAGAAGGGUUGGAUUAGGCCCAGUUCGUCUCCUUUCGGAGCGCCUGUUCUCUUUGUUCCUAAGAAAGAGGGAGAGCUGAGAAUGUGCAUAGACUAUAGGGUCCUUAAGGUCGCCGAUCCGUCCUUGCCUUUUGUCGUCACUACGGAUGCUAGCCAGUACGGCAUAGGCGCGGUGUUGCAGCAAGACGAUGGCAAUGGUUAUAGACCCGUCGAGUUCAUGUCCGCCAGGAUGCCUUCAGAGAAGGUCGCGACAUCUACCUAUGAAAGGGAACUCUACGCUCGCAGGCAAGCGUUAGACCACUGGAAGCACUACUUGCUUGGGAGGCACUUCAAAGUCUAUUCCGAUCAUGAGACAUUAAGAUGGCUAAAGACACAGGCCAAGAUGACACCUAAGCUUACUAGGUGGGCCGCAGAGAUAGAUCAGUACGACUUUGAGCUCAAGCCAGUCAAAGGAAAGUAUAAUGUAGUUGCGGAUGCUCUGAGUAGGAGAGCUGAUUACUUUGGGGCAAUAGUGCACUACCUAGAUAUAGGGAAGGACCUGCAGCAGAAGAUUAGAGAAGCAUAUGCGCAGGACCCUAUCUGUAGUGACCUCCUUAAGAGGGUCAAGGAGGCCCCAGAGACUGAGCCGAACUAUCGCACUACUGAAGGGUUGCUCUUCGAGAAGACUAAUGUAUUUGACCGCCUGUGCAUUCCCAGUAGUGAAGAGAUUCGUAGUCUGAUUUUGGGGGAUGUCAUGACACAGAGGGUCAUUUCGGUUGGCAAAAGACUUUAGCCAAUCUGAUGCGCGCGUAUACCUGGCCGGGGAUGAAGAAUGACUACGUAGAGUAUGUUCGCAGUUGCAAAGUCUGCCAGUGUAACAAGAGUUCUACGCGCGCCCCACUAG